AUUGCGCAUGUGCGGUAUGUUGUUUCGUGCUGUAGGGAUUGUAUAGGUCGUUAAGAUGAAGUGGCUGACAGUGACUUUCCUUCUUAUCUUUUCCCCCUAUCGGGCGGUAUUAAUGGAGCCUAUCACUAUAACUAUUGCCGUAGGCGCAGCAGCUGCUCUAACAAGUUACCUGUCCUAUCCACGCUUCUACUGCGGCCGCUUUGUGGAGUGUUGUGAAGAAGACAGAGAGCUCAAUGUGACAGCACUGAAGGCUGACCUGGAGCAGAAGUUGUUUGGACAGCACCUGGCUACUGACAUCAUCUACCGAGCAGUGAGUGGAUUUAUGAGAAAUACAAACCCCAAGAAGCCGCUGGCUCUUUCUCUGCAUGGUUGGACUGGGACUGGCAAAAACUUUGUCAGCAAGAUAGUUGCCGAAAAUGUGUUUGAAAAGGGCCUGGAUAGUAAAUUCGUCCACACGUUUGUGUCUACUCUCCAUUUCCCUCAUGACGACCUGAUUGAUUUAUACAAGACGCAGUUACAGACGUGGAUUCGAGGGAAUGUUACUGCAUGUGCAAGAUCCAUAUUUAUAUUCGACGAGAUGGACAAACUUCAUCCAGGACUUAUCAAUGCCAUCAAACCCUUCCUGGACUAUUAUGACAAUAUAGAUGGAGUGUCCUAUCGUAAGGCUCUCUUCAUUUUCCUAAGCAAUGCAGGUGGAGAUCUUAUAACCCGUAAGACGCUAGAGUUUUGGAGAAUGGGGAAGAAGAGAGAGGACCUGCAGCUGAAGGAUUUAGAGUCUGCCAUUUCUGUGGCCUUAUUCAACAAUAACAAAAGUGGUUUUUGGCACUGCAGCCUCAUAGACAAGAACCUCAUAGACUUCUUUGUUCCAUUCCUGCCUCUGGAGUUUAGCCACGUGAAGAUGUGCGUGCUUGCAGAACUUCAGCAUCAAGGUUAUGAACAGGAUGAGGAGCUGGCAGGGAGAGUUGCCAAAGAGUUAACGUAUUACCCGAGAGAGGAACCAAUGUUUUCUGACAAAGGCUGUAAAACUGUGACAACUAAACUCAGCCUCCAUCUUUAACUCUUUCUGCGCGUGAGGCUAAUAUCCCUACAACUAAAGGAUAUGGCAAACAGACUGCAAUAAGCACUUAAAUCCAUUUAUAUAGAUUUUUUUUUAUUUUUGUACGUUUUUAUCAGAGUGAUAUUUUCGUAUUGACUGUUACCUUUUAUCAAGACUUUCCUGAAACACUUCCUGAUGCAGAUUCCUGUUUUUUGCCUGUAUUUUUGCUGCAUUUAGCAUCUCUGAGAAUCCUCUCGUUUCACAUACCUCAUUUCCUAAAUCUUCACAUUUUUAAGUCAUUUACAGAGGUCACAUUUUGUGAGUUGGAAAAGCGCUUCUCCUUAAUCCGUUACAAUUUCUUGUUUACACUCAAAUGUCAGUUAUUCAUAUAGCAGUUUAACUUGGCCUGAUUUUGUUACCAUGAAGAAUGGAGGUAUAAAGGGGCAUAGACUCAUUUACUGUUUAGCGGAUCACCCUAGUGCAUCAAAAAAUUGAGAUCAGCUUGGUGGUAAAUUUAUGACAAAAAAACGUGUUCAUUCUUAAACCGACUGACUUUGAUAAUUUACUGUGUUGAACAAGUUAUGUGUUAAAGAUAAUGCAUAAUUUCACGUCCCUUUUAAUUUGUUUUGCAUAGCAUUAAUAAUCACCUUUUUUUGUCAUUUUAUAUAUAUAUAUAACCCAACAUCUAAUCUCAGGAACUCAUUCUUCCGCAAAGUUUCCUGUUUUUUGUAUGAGCUUCAUAGAGUUCCCUGUAAAAAUCUAAGAUAUCAAUUAUUAUUUCCAAGUGUAUUAACUCAUUGGCUGCCAACAUUGUCUUUUUCUUGACAACCCAGAGGUAAAAUAGCAUGUUGUUAUUGUGAUAA